AUGACGCAUAAAUCGUUGAUGAAAUUGCUGUCGCCACGAGCGUGUGUGAAGAUCGGGAAAUGGAAUAGAAGGACACUUUUAGAGGCCGGUAAGUGUGCUCAGAUGCUCAAAGAGAUGCAGAGAUAUGGUAUUAGUAUUCUGGGAGUGAGUGGAAUGAGAUGGAACACUUGUGGGAGGUUGAGGAUAGCUGGAGGAGAAACUGUGCUGUACUCAGGAAUGGAUGAAGGUGAAAAUCAUGAAAGAGGAGUUUGCUUCAUUCUGUCUAAAGAAGCUGCACAAUGCCUGCUGGAAAGGGAACCGGUACCUGAGAGGAUAAUCAGAGCCAGGUUCAACUCGAGGUGGCGACAGGUCACCAUCUUGCAAUGUUAUUCCCCAACAAAUGAGGCAAAAGAGGAGGCGAAGGACGAUAUUUACGGAUGGUUUUGGAGGAGGUGCCGUGUAGAGAUGGAAAGAUUGUCAGGGGAGAUAUGA